AUGUAUAUAGCCGCCAAGUACAUAUACAACAAGACGCGGACGGACACAUCGUCCAAGUCCCGCGCCCACGAGCCAAAGAGCUGCCAGCACCGUCAGUCUAUAACUGAGACGGAUGCUUCACCAUACACCGUGGGACUUGCCCCAGCAGAAGAGCAGAAUAUACUCCCCAUCCUGCCUACUGAAAAAUGCUCUCAAUGCAAAAAACACCAGCACCGCACCCGCGUCUACCGCUGGAAACUCAUCUGCGGCCUAGCCCUGCCAUACAUCCUCAGCACACUUGACCUCACCAUCGUCGCGACAGCGGUCCCCACCAUCGCGUCGCAUUUCAACAAAUUCGACCAGCUCAACUGGAUCAUCACCAGUUUCACCUUGACCUCCACCGCCUUCAUCCCCCUGUUUGGGCAGCUCGCGGACGUCUUUGGACGCCAUGCCGUGCUGCAGCUGGCCAUGCUUCUUAUGCUGGUGGGGAGCACGCUUGCCGCGGCGGCGCAGAGUUGGGGCAUGUUGUUGCUGGGGCGCGCGCUGCAGGGGACUAGCUCCGCAGGGAUCAUGAAUAUCAUCAUGAUUGUGCUUGCGGAUCGGGUGUCGCUGAAGGAGAAUGCGAGGAAUAACUCGAUUUUUGUGUUUGUGGGGGGUUUGGGGUAUGGCAUUGGGCCGGUGGUUGGGGGUACUGAUGGGAACCAGAGUAACUGGAGAUACUGUUUUCUCGUGCCGAUACCGAUCGCGUUCAUAUCGCAUAUUCUGAUCUUCGUGCUUCUGCGCGGUGAGCUUGUCGAGGGAACCGUGUUCAAGAAAGACGCUCGAUCUUCCACCAUUGUUCCCGCUCUGGCCACGCUGGAUAUCUUCGGCACACUUCUUUUCAUCUUUGGGGUUGGCCUCGUCAUCUUGGGCACAGCAUGGGGUGGACCUACGUACCCGUGGUCCUCCCCACAGGUCCUUGCUCCGUUGAUUGUGGGUGGGAUAUGUUUUGUGCUGUUCUUCGUGUACGAGUACCUUCUCGAGCCCGGUCGGUUGUUCGCUCGAAUCUUCCCCAAACAGGUGCCCAUGCUGCCGUACAGCAUGUUCGCUCGUCGGGAUACGAUCUGGCUGGCAAUAUCGGAGUUUUCUAGCGGAGCAGCAAUGUUCUCCGUCUUUUACUUCAUUGGGAUCUACUUCACCCUCGUCGAGGCCUAUCCUGCCUCGCAAGCGGGUGUCAACCUGCUCUACUACAUUCCCGGCCUAGGAGUUGGGGUCUACAUGGCCGUCUUUUUCUGCAAUGUCUAUCCAGCUCAAACCUUCUUCACCAUCAACUUCGGCGCGUUGACUGAAACAAUUGGAUUCGCGCUUCUCAUCUGGGCAAUCAGUACGCAGAACACUCGCCUCAUUAAUGGGAUGAUGGUCGUCGCCGGUGCGGGCACCGGCCUCCGCUUGAUGCCCAUCAACCUUCACACGGCGGGCGUGUGGCCAGAGAAAAUCGCCCCGGUGAUGUCACUCAUGCGUUUUGCGCUACCCUUUGGCGGUACUGUGGGACUGACGAUCAUGGGCAGCGUAUUCAACAACCGCUUUUCAGGCUCAGGCACGGGCUCAACCUCGGGCACAAGGGUAGAUGCGCAUGACCGUGCCUCAUUGGACCUCAUUGCUUUGCUUCCUGACUCGGAGCAGGUCGCCAUCCGCGCGGCAGGCAAGGAGGGCGUCAUGUGGGCGUUCAUUGCCAUCAUGCCGAUUGUCGGACUGAGCCUUGCAGCGGGACUGAUCAUGGGCAAUGUCUGGAUCAAGCCGAAGCCACGGCAGGGGCAGGGUGAGAGCGUGGAUGGCGGUGGACACAGCGAGGUUCUAUAUGUCCCGUACCUAUGGGCUCUGAUGAAGGGCAACAUCAAAUCCCACAAGCAUGUCAACAAACCGUCCUUCAUAGAUGAAACCGAGCUUCGCCCGGUCACCACCACCACCUAG